AUGACCGGCCGGGACGAGGCCUCCCGGCUCGGCAGCGGUGACGCGGGCGGUGGCAGCAUUCUGUUCGAGACGGCAGACAAGUCCGUCGUCCUCCUCGACAUCCCCCGGACCCUCGAGGAGAGCCAGGGGAGGCCGGGCCAAGUACCGGAGCGACGGAUCUACUCGGCGCCUCCACCUUUGGAGCCGUUCCCGACGCCGGAGCCGAGGCGGCAGCGACGUGGCGGCCGCUCCGGAGCCGCAGGCGCCGCUCACGCAGCGUCGCAUCAGACCCCGGCCGCCCGCAUCGCCGAUUUGAUGACGGCCGCCGUCGUGCGGGACGCGCUGCAACGGCUCGCCGAUCAGUACGUCGGCCCGUUCCAUCUCGCCCGACGACCGGCACCCCUGGACCCUCUCGGCGAGGACAGCCAAGACGACCUGGCCCCCCUCAUCGUCCCUCCUGGAGCCCACCCUCUCCACGGGUCGAUCGAGGAACUGCGACCGUGCUUGCUCGCGGACGCGCCGACGUUUGACCUCGUCGUCCUCGACCCUCCGUGGCCCAACCGGUCCGCUCGCCGUCGCGCCGACGGGUACCGGACCGCCGCCACCCUGCCGGCCAUGCGCCGCCUGCUGACGAGCAUCCCCUUGGCCGGCCGGCUCGGCCCCGACGGGCUGGUCGCCGUCUGGAUCACCAACAAGCCCGGCAUCCCCGACCUCCUCACCGGCCCGUCGGGCGUCUUUGCCUCGUGGGGCCUCGACCUCGCCGCCGAGUGGAUCUGGGUCAAGGUCACGGCCUCGGGCGAGCCGCUCUACGACGUCGACUCCCAGUGGCGGAAGCCGUGGGAGAAGCUCCUCGUGGCGAAGCGGCGUGGCGUGCGCGCGCCCGCUCCGCUGCGGUCCAUGGUCAUCGUCGCCGCCCCGGAUGUGCACUCCCGAAAGCCCAACCUGCGAGGCCUGUUUCGGCACGUGCUGGGCAAGGACGGCGUCGGCCUGGAGGUCUUUGCCCGCAACUUGACGGCUGGCUGGUGGAGCUGGGGCGAUGACGUUUUCCGCUUCCAGCACGAAUCUCACUGGCAGCCCCCCGAGGAAGUAGACGACUCUCAACGUUGA